GAGUGCCACUGAACCGGUGGUGUGGUGGUUUUUUUGUGUCGUAAAAAGUCCGGAAACGAAAAGACUGCUCCCGUAGAAAGGAAACUCGGCAAACAUCAAUGAAACCGGGGAUUAACAAUGUGUUUGGUGUAUUAUUUUGUGUUCUAUGUGUAACCAUCGUGCAAAUGUGACAACUUGACGGCAAGAGUGUGAAAAGAAAGGAGUAAUAGCCGCGUAAAAAAAACAGAAUCAACGUAGCAGGAAUGUGAUAGAGAAGGAAAUAACACAACCGAAUAAAAGAGACGGGGGCCCGCACGUUACAAAACGUGCGCGCAAAAAGUGUGAGUGAAUUACGCACGUGUGUUUAUGUGUGUAUGUGUGUGUGUAAGUGGUUUUAAUGUCGUGGAUCUUCGCGGUAUCGGAGAUUUAUCUGUUUUUGUUCGGCGUGGUGUAUGCUGUACCGCUGGUGCUUUUUCCACAACCUCGGCAUCGUUUAAGCUUGUUUGUCCCCGUGCAUUGAUCGGAAGUAGAAGGAAUCGAACCCAAGAAGCAGAGAAAAGAAACACUCAACAGGAAAAAAAGCAAACUGUCGAAACAGAAGUAUAAAACACGAUUAUGGCACUGCUAUCCAAUGGUGCUUCUUCGAUGCAGAUAACAGCACAGACGGCCAACGGUGGUCCGAACAGUGGUGGCCCCGAUGGCGCAGGAGACUUCAACUCCAACGAUCAUAUCUUCUUUUCAAGUCUAUUUAACGCGUUGCCGUGCUGGGAUGCACCGCACAAAACGAGCUCGGGACCGGUUAUGGUUCCACAAAGCAAUAACAACACUUCGCUGGAUCGUGAUAGCAUAAGUAUUACGGAGGAUAUACUAUUCACCAAUGUUUUGGGUGCAAUCGGUACGGGCAGUAGCAGUAGCGGCAGUGGAAGUGGUGGACCGCUCGGAAUGGGCCAUGUCGGUAUCAUCGGUUCAUCAUCCAACGGUCCAAACAGUGGCGGGCAUCUCGCACAUGUGGCAACCGCUUCAAAUGAACUUUUCGGUGUGAUAGGGUCCACAUGUACGAGUCAUACCCAGCUUACCCCGGGUACUUCACCACAAACCAACUCAUCCAACGGCAGCCAUUGUCCCUCGUCCGUAGGUGCCAUCUGUGGGCGAUGUGACACACACGCCUCGAGUCGCUGUCUUGAUUGUAACGAUGUGUUGUGUGAGGAUUGUACACUACUGCACGCAAAGAAUGCCUUCACGAAGGAUCACUGCAUGAUUUCGAUCAACACAAUCUCACCGAUCGGUUCGGCACCGUGCAUGAUGCAAGGAAAUGGCCUUAAUAGUAACGGUGGCGGACCCUCAAAUGGGCCCAUUCCAGGAGUCGCAUUGUCCGAACCGCAUUGCGAUGUACAUGGGGAAGUUUUGCGCUAUCUUUGCGAAUCCUGCAAGAAGGUUGUUUGUCAAGAGUGCACCCUGUGGGACCACAAAGAUCAUUCGUGCAUUCCGGUGGCAAACAUUUCGCACGGUGCGUCUGAAAAGAUCAUGUCGAUUCUGGAAAGUGGAAAGUUGGGUACGAAAUACAUCAAGGCCAGCAUUGAUCGCGCUGUCACGUAUUCUCAGGCCGUGGAAAGGGAUGCAAUGGAAGCGUCGGCUCGCAUACGUAAGGCUAUGCGCCACUUUAUUCUAGCCGCUGAAGAUCGCGAACGCACACUGCUGGACCGGGUGGACAAAUUUCGGCAGCAGAAGCUAACUUCCCUGUCCGAUCAGAUGGCUGGUUUACGUGCCGCCCUGGCAGGGUUAUCUCAGACGUCCGAUAUGCUAACGAAGGCCCUGGACUCCGUAUCGGUGAUGGGCAGCAUGGAGAUUGCGAAGACGCUCACAACGGGCGAAAGCCAAAUGGAACAAUUUGCGGCUAUGUAUAAGAAUCUGCAACCAAAAGAAGAAUUUAUCACAUUCGUGGCCCCAAACUUUGAGCUGCUGCAGGAAAUUCGAAUGCAGGGUGAUGUGAUGCUGGUUGGUCAACGCAGUAAUUCCGUGUCGUCGAAUAGCUCAGGCAAUGCGAGCAUACAGGGUCAGACGGGACCGAAUUGCGGUGGUGGUAUUAAUGCGAACAAUGGUGUCGGUGGAGUCGGUGUAGUGGGUUCGAUCGGAAACAUUUUAACACGGCGCCCAAUUGUUCGCAGUACCACACCAGCGCAACGCAUCGGUUCUUCAACGUGGGAACCGAUGGGGAAAGGACCAGGUGGCGGUUCGUCCGUUCUGGGGUCCUCUCCGACGUCUUUCGGUAUUGGUCCAAUCCCUGGAGCUCCGAUACUCGGGCAGUGCAUUCCCGGUUGCAACAAUCAUGUAGCAGCUAAGUCAGCCGUUGGUCCCAGCCUUACGUUCGGUUUCGAUGGCCAUGAGGAUGGACAGGUGUCGCGUCCAUGGGGUAUCACCGUUGACAAAGACGGACAGAUACUAGUGGCUGAUCGGCGCAAUAAUCGUGUGCAAAUAUUCUACCCCGACGGUAUGUUCAAGUUAAAGUUCGGCUCGAAGGGUACGGCAAAUGGUCAGUUUGAUCUACCGGCCGGUAUUUGCACGGACGGACAGGGACGCAUCAUUGUGGUCGACAAGGACAACCAUCGAGUGCAGGUAUUUUCGGCCGGAGGACUGUUUCUCCUCAAGUUCGGCAGCUACGGGAAGGAAUGUGGCCAGUUCCAGUAUCCGUGGGAUGUAGCAGUGAAUACAAAGGGUGAAAUUUUAGUGACAGACUCACGGAACCAUCGGAUUCAGCUUUUUAGCCCCGAUGGUCUAUUCAUUUCGCGCUACAGCUUCGAUGGGGUGAAUCACAGUCGUUAUUUGAAAGGCCUGACGACUCCGCGUGGGGCUUGCUUCACACCGCAAGGAGAUAUUAUCAUAUCAGACUUUGAAAACCAUCGUCUGCUGCUAAUCGACGCGACUCUUUCAAAGGUACUUGCUGCAAAAGGACACGAAGGUUCAGCAGUACACGAGUUUAGUCGACCAUCGGGGAUUUGUUGUGACGAUGAUGGGCGGGUGAUUGUUGCUGAUUCUAAAAAUCAGCGAGUACUGGUGUUUUCACCUCAGUUGGAGUUUCUCUGGGCGGUGGAAAUACGUCCAUCGUCGAAUGGUUUACUAGCCAUAGGCAUGGACGAAAAAGAUCGCCCCAGCGAUGUCUCUUUGUUGCCAGAUGGUCGACUCGUAGUCAUGGUUGAAACAUCACCGGAUGCACGCGAUCAGUGCAGUCCGCAAAAAACAUUCAUUCAAAUUUACUAAUGUAUCGUGCCAUCUAAUCAGGCACCAUGCUAUGUGACCGGAGCAAUAUGAGCAAUAUGCUUUUCGAAAUUGAGCAUUGGAACCAAACUGCCAAAAUAUUGUUUGAUAUAAUUAGUUUGCUCUAUCACAACUCCUACUUAUUACUGGUGAGGCUCUUAAACUAAGCAUAUAAGCACAAAGUGGCCGAAACACUGCAGUUGGAAACUAUAAAAAAGAUAGAACAAGUUAAAUUCUAAGAUUAUAUGUACCGCAACGCUGCUACCUCAAAACUCGUUUGAAUUAGUUGUUACUACCGUGUUUUUAGUUUCGUCUGUUGGUCCUGGGCGACAUCUCUUUGUUUCACUCUCACCAUUCUCCCGAGCUUUUCGUGUGGGAGGUGAUUGCAAUGAAACAAAUUUGAAUCGUUUUGUUUUGGUUUAACUUUUACGAUACAAAUCCUACCCGAGAUUCUGAAACCUGGAAGCUUAAAAAGAAUUUAAAUCAGAAACCGAAAAGUACAAGGAACAGUUUUAAUAAAGCGACAAACGAUAAUGCAUACGCAGCACGAGAAAUUGACGAAACUAAUUGUAAACAAAGCGAUGCAAAAGGAAACAAGGCAUACGUUUACGUUUCCUUUAGCCAUAAGCAGUUUUAGGUUGUUUGUUAGGUGUAAAUGAAAUUAUUGUCUUCAAAAAUAGCAAAUAUGGAUCAAAUCUAAAUGCCGUGGAAAAAGUGAAGAGAUGAUGAUGCAUCGUAAAUAUAGUACAAUUUUAGUAAUAGUUACGCGCCUAGUGGUGGACAUGGCCAUGAUGAGGGCAAGCGCAUUCAUUGUGACACGCCGUGCACGGCACGUGUCUUUUAAUUUGAUAUAGAUGGUUUUUAAUUUUCAACUUGUAUAGUAUAGAAUGUGAAUGUUCGCUAAGUUUUAUCCUCUCCAAAACGCAGUUUUGAUGUUUUAGUAGCAAAUUUCUUAGUCAAGUCCUAUAGACAAUGCGUAUUUAGACACUUAUACAGCUCUUUUCGAUACUUUGUAUCUGGAGUACAUAGGGAUAAAGAAGAACAAAUGAAAGUAACGCAGGCGAUGAAAAUAAUUCAAACGUAUAUUAUGAAUAUGAUUGUAAUUUAUACAUUAUACUGAAGAACGCUACACAUUUUACUCAACAAGACUGAACACUGAAUGAUGAACGAUGAACGAGCGUCUUGAACAGUUUUUUUAUAUGUGUACAUUGCAUUAAAAAAAUAUGGAAACCGGAAGAAAAAAAAACACUCAUAUCUACGCUCACAAUCGCUAAA